AUGCAGGAGAUGGAGCGGAAGAACCAAGAUGAGAAAACUGCCUGGAGAUGUGCUAAAUACUGGACAAAUAACUGCAAAGCAGCAGUUCUCACGAAGCACGGAAAAGUCGUCAAGACAACACAAGAGCACAACCAUCCACCUGAUAGCAGCCAACUUCGGGAAGCGCGACUGAAGAAUGCAUUGAAGCAAAGGGUUAGGUCGGAGCCGCAUUUGCCAGCACCGCAAGUGUACAGCAGAGAGAUCUUGAGCCUUGUGGGUCAAGUUGACGACACGGUGAUGGCUGAGCUGCCGACUUUUGAGAGCGUGAGGAGCAGCAUGUACAGGGAGAAGAGAAAGCAGCAACCGAGCCUACCAAGGGACAUGGCCGAGAUUAACCUUGGAAGACUACAUACGGAGACACUCGACAAGCGAGACUUCCUGCUGUUCGACGUCAGCAUAAGUGAAGGCCGUGUUCUUUGCUUUUGCACGCAGGAGCUGCUUUUUCAUUUUUCGGAAAUGGUUGAAGUGUUCUUCGAUGGCACGUUUUUCUCCUGCCCGUCAUUGUUUUAUCAACUGGUCACAAUAAGCGCCGUCAAAGAGGGUUUGAGCUUCAACAUCGCCUACUUUCUUCUACCUGGGAAGUCUCGAGAAGUAUAUGUGUCGGCCUUCACGAACUUCAAGACGGCGUUGGACGCUCUUCGUGCACCUCUGUCACUCAGCGUUGUCCGUACGGACUUUGAACUGGCCCUUAUCCAGGCUUUUCUUUUCGUUUUUCCUGGAAUCCGGCACCAGGGUUGCCAUUUUCACUUCGCUCAAGCAAUCUGGAGGAAGGUUCAAGAACUCGGACUUGCCAAGGCUUACCAGGAAGACUCUUCGCCCUUGGAGUCCCAACUUAUCCUGUACUUCGAGGAUACUUGGCUCUUAGGAAACUACGACACCCAGCAGUGGAACCACCACCAAAACAGCGGAGCCCGGACAAACAACCUAAAGGAGGCCUGGCACCGAAAAAUUAACAACGCCAUCGGGAAAGCGCACCCCAAUGUCUACACUUUCGUGGAGCACAUCAAGCGGGACGAGGCCACUAGCAGAGUCACCCUCCUCCAGGUAUCCAACGGCGGCCAAGCCCGAAAGCGACAAAAGAAGUGGGAGAUGAAGGACGAAGCCAUCAGGAAGCUCGAGCAGCGUCUGUCCAAUGGAGAGCUCAACAUUCAAGAGUUCCUGAGGCUCGUGCAGCGAUAUUGCGGUAUCUAA